AAUCACUUAACGAAAGCAAUAUUUAGCAGUUUCGGUUGGAAACGAGUCACAAGAUAAUAUCACGAGAUGUUUUGAAUAUGUGUGUGUUUAUUCAUAAAUAGAUAAUAAAGUUUUAGUAAUUUAUGGCAGAAAAUUCCAGUUGGACAAAAUGAGUACUACAGCCGAAAAAUUGAAAAUUGUGGGUGUUGAUGUGCAAGACAUUAGGUUUCCCACCUCAUUAUAUGCCCAUGGAUCUGAUGCUAUGCACACAGAUCCUGAUUAUUCAGCAGUCUACGUCACCAUUAAACUCAGAAAUGGUAUGGAGGGAAACGGUAUGACCUUCACUUUGGGCCGUGGGAAUGAGAUUGUGGUAGCAGCAGUAGAAUCCUUGAAAGACAUCGUGUUAGGUCAAGUGGUAACUGAUAUCUACAAAGACUUCGGCAACUUUUGGAGAGCGCUUACUAGCGAUAGUCAACUGAGAUGGGUUGGUCCGGAAAAAGGAGUCAUCCAUCUGGCUACAGCAGCCAUUGUGAAUGGGCUAUGGGAUCUUUGGGCUAAGCUGCUGAAAAAACCACUCUGGAGACUAUUGGUAGAUUUGGAACCUGAGCAGUUGGUGUCUUGUAUAGAUUUUAGGUACUUGUCUAAUGUUUUGACCAAAAACGAAGCCAUAGAAAUACUGAGGAGGGGUAGGGAAGGUAUGGAAUCCAGGAUAGAGGAGUUGGAAGCAAACGGAUAUCCAGCCUAUACCACACAGGCAGGUUGGAUAGGAUUCAACGACCAGCAAAUCAACGACGCAGCUGCCAAAUACUUAGCUCUGGGAUUUACAGCAUUCAAGGUAAAAGUGGGGAGAAAUCUGUAUGAAGACGUGAAACGCCUAGAGAAAAUAAGGGCGCUCAUCGGCUGGGAUAAAACUCUGAUGGUAGACGCCAAUCAAAUAUGGGAAGUUCAAGAAGCCAUCGACUGGAUGACUCAACUUGCCGUCUAUAAGCCUCUUUGGAUUGAAGAACCGACCUCCCCAGAUGAUGUAUUGGGCCACGCAACCAUUGCUUCGGCCUUGAAACCUCUAGGCAUAGCUGUAGCUACUGGGGAGAUGUGCUGCAACCGAGUUCUGUUCAAGCAAUUCUUGCAAACUGGUGCAAUGGAAUACUGUCAGAUCGAUUCAGCGAGGAUAGGAGGGGUGAACGAAAUUCUUUCAGUUUACCUCAUGGCCCGAAAGAUGAAAGUUAAAGUUUGUCCUCAUGCUGGAGGAGUAGGUCUAUGUGAAAUGGUUCAGCAUCUACAGAUGUGGGAUUAUGUAGCACUUUCAGGUACUAAGGAAGGAAGGAUGAUAGAGUAUGUAGAUGAACAUCACGAACAUUUUGAAAACCCCCUGGUCAUGAGAGACGCCUGUUAUAUUCCACCUAAAGCUCCAGGUUACAGCUCUACUUUGAAGCAAGAAUCAGUCCUGAAAUACAGCUACCCCAACGGAUCGGAAUGGUUGGAAAUGUUCCAAAAAGGUUUAUUCCCACGAGCAAAAAAAUAGAUAGAAAAAAAAUAGAUAAAAAUAGAAAUAUAUAUUUACAACUAACGUACUUACAUCCAUGUAAAAAGUUACAAAAUAGUUGGAAACAGUAUUUGUGAAUAUUAAAUAAUUGUUCAGCUUU